GGUGCACCGGCCAUGGAGGACUGCAACGUGCACUCGGCAGCCAGCAUCCUGGCCUCGGUGAAGGAGCAGGAGGCGCGCUUCGAGAGGCUGACGCGGGCGCUGGAGCAGGAGCGACGCCAUGUUGCCCUGCAGCUGGAGCGCGCCCAGCAGCCCAGCAUGGGCAGUGGUGGCAUAGGCUGUGGGCAGCCCUUGUCAAUGGCCUGGCAGCAGUUGGUCCUACAGGAGCAGAGCCCAGGCAGCCAGGUCUCACUGGCCACCAUGCCAGAGGCACCUGAGGUGCUGGAGGAGACGGUGACAGUUGAGGAAGACCCUGGCACACCCACCUCUCACGUGUCCAUUGUCACGUCUGAAGAUGGCACGACACGGCGCACGGAGACCAAGGUCACCAAAACAGUCAAGACAGUGACCACUCGGACAGUGCGCCAGGUGCCCGUGGGCCCAGAUGGCCUCCCGCUGCUGGACGGCGGGCCCCCGCUGGGUCCUUUCGCCGACGGCCCCCUGGACCAGCACUUCCUGCUCCGUGGCGGUGGCCCAGCCGCCACACUUUCCCGUGCCUACCUCGGUGGCGGGGCAGGCUUCCCCGAUGGCCUGGAGGCCCGUGACGUACCCAGCUAUGGCAGCCUGUCCCGAGGGCUGGGCAUGCGGCCGCCCCGCGGUGGCCCACUAGGUCCAGGCCCCUGUGAUGGCUGUUUCACGUUGCCGGGCCGAAGGGAGCCUUUCCCACCGGGCCCUGAACCUGCGCUGCCCGGCGGCCGCUCCCUGCCUGAGCGCUUCCAGGCAGAGCCGUAUGGUUUGGAAGACGACACACGCAGCCUGGCCGCUGAUGAUGAAGGGGGCCCUGACCUGGAACCAGACUACGGCACCACCGCACGGCGGAGGCCAGACUGUGGGAGAGGCCCCCGUGCCAGGCCCUACGAGGACGUCGCCGAGGAUGGAGGUGAGCUGCUGGAUGAGCGGCCACCGUUCCCAGCGGUGACAGCGCCCUUGGCGCAGCCCGAGCGGGGCAGCCUGGGCAGCCUGGAUCGCGUGGUGCGGCGCUCCCCGUCCGUGGACAGCACCCGCAAGGAGCCGAGGUGGCGGGACCCUGAGCUGCCCGAGGUACUGGCCAUGCUGCGGCACCCCGUGGACCCCGUGAAGGCAAACGCGGCUGCCUACCUGCAGCACCUGUGCUUCGAGAACGAGGGCGUUAAGCGGCGGGUGCGGCAGCUGCGGGGGCUGCCGCUGCUCGUGGCGCUGUUGGACCACCCGCGGGCGGAGGUCCGUCGCCGGGCCUGUGGGGCGCUGCGCAACCUGUCCUACGGCCGGGACACUGACAACAAGGCCGCCAUCCGGGACUGCGGCGGAGUGCCCGCGCUGGUGCGCCUGCUGCGGGCCGCCCGGGACAACGAGGUCCGGGAGCUGGUGACAGGCACCCUCUGGAAUCUGUCCUCCUAUGAGCCCCUGAAGAUGGUCAUCAUUGACCACGGCCUGCAGACACUCACUCACGAGGUCAUUGUGCCCCACUCGGGCUGGGAGCGGGAGCCCAAUGAGGACUCAAAGCCGAGGGACGCCGAGUGGACAACCGUCUUCAAGAACACGUCCGGCUGCCUGAGGAAUGUGAGCUCGGAUGGUGCAGAGGCCCGGCGGCGCCUCCGGGAGUGUGAAGGGCUGGUGGACGCGCUGCUGCACGCCCUGCAGUCGGCCGUGGGCAAGAAGGACACUGACAACAAGUCGGUGGAGAACUGUGUGUGCAUCGUGCGGAACCUGUCCUACCACGUGCACAAGGAGGUGCCGGGGGCUGAGAGGUACCAGGAGGCUGAGUCCACGCCCCCUAGCGGUGCUGCAGGCACCCAGCGCAGGAGGCGAGACGACGCGGGCUGCUUCGGCAGUAAGAAGGCCAAAGAGGAGUGGUUCCACCAAGGGAAGAAGGACAGUGAGAUGGACAGGAAUUUUGACACGCUGGAUCUGCCCAAGCGAACUGAGGCUGCCAAAGGCUUUGAGCUGCUUUACCAGCCAGAAGUGGUGCGUCUCUAUCUGUCGUUGCUCACUGAGAGCCGGAACUUCAACACACUGGAGGCUGCGGCGGGGGCACUGCAGAACCUCAGCGCUGGCAACUGGACGUGGGCCACGUACAUCCGCGCCACGGUGCGCAAGGAGCGUGGGCUGCCGGUGCUCGUGGAGCUGCUGCAGUCGGAGACCGACAAGGUGGUGCGCGCCGUCGCCAUCGCCCUGCGCAACCUCUCGCUGGACCGGCGCAACAAGGACCUCAUUGGGAGCUACGCGAUGGCGGAGCUGGUGAGGAAUGUUCGCAAUGCGCAGGCGCCGGCGCGGCCCGGGGCCCAGCUGGAGGAAGACACCGUGGUGGCCGUGCUCAACACCAUCCACGAGAUCGUGUCCGACAGCCCGGACAACGCGCGCUCACUGCUGCAGGCCCGCGGGGUGCCUGCACUGGUGGCCCUGGGCGCGGCCAGCCAGUCGGUGCGCGAGGCGAAGGCGGCGUCCCACGUGCUGCAGACGGUGUGGAGCUACAAGGAGCUGCGUGGCGCCCUGCAGAAGGACGGCUGGACCAAGGCCCGCUUCCAGUCUGCUGCUGCCACCUCCAAGGGGUCCAAAGGGGCGCCGAGUCCAGGGGGCUUCGAUGAUAGCACGCUGCCGCUGGUGGACAAGAGCACCGAUGGUGAGAAAUCAGGGAGCCGGGAUGUGAUCCCCAUGGAUACGCUGGGGCCAGAUGGGUACUCCACCAUUGACCGGCCGGGUCGAAGGGCCCGGGGCAACGAGCCUGCAGGAGAGGUCUUCCAGGAGCCUUUGAAACCCGACCCUGGCAGGAAGGCCCCUCCUCCUGGGCCCAGCAGGGCCACGGUCAGGCUGGUGGACGCCGUGGGGGACGCUAAACCUCAGCCCGUUGAUUCCUGGGUCUAG